CUCAGUUUUUUAAAAAAAAACUAUUUAUUUGUGUUGUUUUUUUUUUUUUUUUAAAUUUUUUUCUUUAAAUUUUUUAUAUUCAAACACACAAAAAAAAAAACCUAUAAAUUUAAAAAAUAUUUUUAAAUCAAUUUUUUUAGUAAUAUUAUUAUAAAUAAUAUUUAGAAAGAGAUAAUAACUAAUAAUAUAAAUAAAUAAUAAAAAUUAAAUAAUAAUAAUAUUUGAAUAAAAAAUUUUGUAAUUUUAAAAUAAAUAAAUACUAAAUAAAAAAAAAAUGAAAAAAAAAAAUAAUUUAAAUGGUAUAAAUAAAAUUUCAAAAACAAUUUUAAAAAUUCUAAAUAAAAAAAGAAAAAACAAUUAUAAUCAAAGAUUCUUUUCAUUUUUAAAUUUAAAAAAACCAAUAAAUGGAAUAUUAAAUAGAAACAAAUCAAUAAGUAUAUAUAAUAAUAGAGUAAUUAAUUUUAAUAAAAAUAAUUGUUUUUCAAAAAAAAUUAAUUAUAAUUCUGAUUUAAAUCAAAUAGAACAAUCAUGUGAAAAUUAUUUAAACAAUAGUAAUAUUAUUAAUAAUAUCAGUAAUAAUAAUAAUAAUAAUAAUAAAAUUAAAAAAUUUAAAAUUGGUAAAUUUUUAAAUGAAAAUAAUUUAAUCGAUAGUAUACCAAGUGGCACCACUCAUUUAUACUUUUCAACUUAUUUUAACGAACCAAUUACACCACAUCAAAUACCUGAUUCAGUUAUUUAUAUUGAUUUUAUUAACGAAUGUCAAUUUAAUCAGCCUUUGGAGCCUGGUUGUUUUGGUCCAAAUGUAAAGACCAUAAAAUUUGGUGAUUAUUUUAAUCAACCAUUACUACCAAAUGUAUUACAAUAUGGCUUAGAGGAGCUUGAUUUAGGAACAACUUUUAAUCAACCAUUACACAAAGGCAGUAUCCCAAAUAGUGUUGUUAGUUUAACAAUGGGCGAGUGCUAUAAUCAUCAAAUUAAACCUUCAGAUAUUCCAUCAUCAGUUAUUUCACUUUACCUUUCAAAUAGCUAUAAUCAUCCAUUGUUACCAGGAUCUAUCCCAGAUGGUUGCGAGUUCUUGGUUUUCGGUGAUGAUUAUAAUCAUCUUAUUACACAAAACAUAAUUCCUUUAUCAGUAAAAAAAAUAUUUUUAGGAAUAAACUAUAACCAACCAUUACUCGAUCAAUCAUUUCCUCAAGAUGGAUCCAUCGAAAAGAUUGUAUUCAAUAGAUCAUUCAAUCAAAUUAUUAAACCAGGCCAAAUACCACUAUCAGUAAAAAAACUAUAUUUUGGUAUUAACUUUGAAAAACCUUUAGAAUUAUAUUCAAUACCAACUACAACCCAAAAAAUUUAUUUCUCUUCAAAUUAUAGUCAUCCAUUAUAUUUAUCUCCAAAUCAAAUUGUUUCUAAAUUAGAAUAAUAUUAUAUUUUUGCAUUUUUUUUCAUAUAUUUCACAAAUGUUUUUUUCCUUUGUACAAUUACACCAUUUAUUAUCAAAUCCAAUCAAUCAUUUCUAUUCUUCUAGAAAUUAUAAUAAUAAUUUAUUUAUAAAUUAAAAUUAUAAACAACUUU